AUGGGCAUUCGAUCUGUUCAUAAUCCGGGCUCAUACCUCGGCCUUCCCACCAUUUGGGGAAGAUCCAAAGUUUAUGCUCUUGCUUAUGUUAAAGACAACAUUGCCAAAAAGAUAUUGGGCUGGAACAAUUCACAUCUUUCACAAGCUGGGAAAGAGAUUAUGAUCAAAUCUGUGGCAAUGGCAGUUCCCGCAUAUACGAUGUCAGUUUUCAAGUUUCCCACCACCUUAUGUAACAAGAUCAAUUAUGCUCUUGCUGAUUUUUGGUGGGGUAGUGCCUCUUCUCCGGGAAUCCACUGGAAAAACUGGGGAUCUCUGUCUCUUCCAAAAUCGGAAGGGGGUAUGGGGUUUUGCGGUCUAGCUGAUUUUAAUCUAGCCUUCUUGGCCAAACAAGGCUGGCGUAUUCUCUCCACUUCGAAUGCUUUGUGGGUGUCUGUUCUUAAAAGUCGCUACGUUCCCCAUUGUUCCUUCCUUGAAGCUACUCGGGGAACGUCCCCUUCCUCGGCUUGGGCCAGCAUCCUUGCAGGCCGAGCUAUUAUGAGCCAAAGUUCUAUUUGGCAGAUUGGUUCUGGCCAAAAUGUAGAUUUUUGGCGAGACAAUUGGAUACAAAGGUACCCUUCUUUCAACCUUCUCUCCCACAUGCCUACAGUGGCGCCUAUUGUGUCAGUUAAUUAG